CCUGAGGAAAUUUCCUUUUACACGCCCUCUGCGGCAGGCUCCUGUUUCUCCUAGCUUCUCCUUUUCACUAGUCCCUGCAGACUUCACUGGAAUAUUGUUUGGGAAAGUAUCAUGGAAGUUCUGCGCCCACAGCUUAUUAGAAUUGGUGGACGGGUUUAUAGGAAGAAUCCCAUUCAAGAACAGACUUACCAACAUGAAGAAGAGGAUGAGGACUUCUAUCAAGGCUUCAUGGAGUGUGCAGAAGAACCCUGUGAUGGCUACGACGUGGUGCAGACCCAGCAAGGUUUCCAGUGUACUGUGAAGGCCCCCAGCCUGCUCUACAAGCAUAUAGUUGGAAAGAGAGGGGACACUAGGAAGAAACUAGAAGCGGAGACCAAAACUUCUAUUAGUAUUCCUAAACCUGGACAAGAAGGAGAAAUUGUUAUCACUGGCCAGCAUCGAAGUGGUGUAAUUUCAGCCCGAACUCGGAUUGAUGUUCUUUUGCUCACUUUUAGAAGAAAGCAGCCCUUCACUCACUUUCUUUCCUUUUUCCUCAAUGAAGUUGAGGUUCAGGAACGAUUCCUGAAGUUCCAGGAAGAAGUACUGGAGAAGUGCUCCAUGGAUCAUGGAGUUGAUAGCAGCAUUUUCCAGAAUCCAAAAAAACUUCACCUAACUAUUGGGAUGUUGGUACUUUUGAGUGAGCAAGAGAUCCAGCAGACAUGUGAGAUGCUAAAGCAGUGUAAAGAGGAAUUCAUUGAUGACAUUGCUGGGGGCAAACCCCUGGAAGUAGAGAUGGAAGGAAUAGAAUACAUGAAUGAUGAUCCUGGCAUGGUGGAUGUUCUUUAUGCCAAAGUUCAUAUGAAGGAUGGCUCCAACAGGCUGCAGGAAUUAGUUGAUCGAGUGCUGGAACGUUUUCAGGCAUCUGGACUAAUCGUGAAAGAGUGGAAUAGUGUGAAACUCCAUGCUACUGUCAUGAAUACUCUAUUCAGGAAAGACCCCAAUGCUGAAGGCAGGUACAAUCUCUACACGGCGGAUGGCAAAUAUAUCUUCAAGGAAAGAGAAUCAUUUGAUGGCAGAAACAUUUUAAAGCUGUUUGAGAACUUCUACUUCGGAACCCUAAAGCUCAAUUCAAUCCACAUCUCUCAGAGGUUCACAGUAGACAGCUUUGGGAACUACGCCUCCUGUGGACAGAUCGACUUCUCCUGAGGUGGAUCUGGGGGAGCCCUAGAAAUUGACCAUUUUUACAGGAUGCUGAGGGAAAGUAUCUUCAUUUUAAUUGCCAAGGAUGGAUGUGGAAAUUUGGAUGGCGGCUUUCCUGGGUGGUUCCCCAUGGACUCUAGUCUCUUUGAUGGUUGUCCCCAGUCAUCUAACUGUCAGCCAAGAUGGUUGUGUGCAUGUAAUCCUUGGCUUGCUCAUCUUUUGCAGGGUGUACUUUUCUUUCCAAAGCUCUUCUCUGGAAAUGUACUUCUGAAGCCCACUGGAGCUCAGAUUCGCAUUGUUUCUUAAGUACCUACUGAUUUAGCCCCAACCAUUAAAGUUGUUUGUAUUAAUACUUUAAAAGAGAAUUAAAGAUGUGCUUUCAUUAA